UUUUUUGGCUUAUCUUGCAAAUAACCCAUCAUGGCAUCAUCCACUCCGGCCGAGCGAAAUUUUGCUUCAAUAAACUAUAAGAAUAUAUGUCAAUUUAAUAAAAUGGUAAACAGGAAAAUUGGAGGAAUACUUUAAUGGAAAUACAAGGCUCCUAUGCCUGGUAAGCGCUAGGAAAACACAACGGGUGACACAAACACAAGACCGAAAGCAGGUAAGCAGGGAAACGAAAGGAAAGGCAUAGCCAAAAAUGAAGGCGUUAGGAUGGUGGUUGAUGCUAGUGGGUUCACUUCGCUUAGCCUCCGUUUGGUUCGGCUUCUUCAACAUCUGGGCUCUUAGACUCGCCGUCUUCUCCAAAACCACCAUGACUGAAGUUCAUGGAAGGACAUUUGGAGUUUGGACACUUUUAACUUGCACCCUUUGCUUUCUUUGUGCAUUUAACCUUGAAAAUAAGCCACUUUAUUUGGCUACCUUCUUAUCAUUCAUCUAUGCCUUUGGCCAUUUCUUGACUGAGUACCUAAUAUAUCGGACAAUGGCGAUUGCAAAUCUGACAACUGUUGGCAUCUUUGCAGGCACGUCAAUAAUAUGGAUGCUAUUACAAUGGAACACACAUCAACCUAUCCACCCAAAGCAUUCUUGAUAUAGGAUGAUGUGUUUCUCGUUGCUCCAUUUUUUGCUGAUGAAGAAGGAUUUUUCACCAAGAGUUUUUCAAGUUGCUACUUUAGUCCUUUUUAUGCAUGGAUUAUCUAUCCACUCGAGGGAUUCUUUUCACUGUCGUGUUAUCAAGUUAUGAAGAUUUAGCUUACCAAGAACCUCAGAAGUGUGUUUCAAUGUUGAAACAAUUUUCACUAUAUCAGAAUAUUAGAUAAGGCGCUGGUGUUUCCUGCCCCUCCAUAUUUAAUGUUAUUUAGAAGCACUUUGAAGUUCAUGACAAUGUUAGGAGUUUUUCUGACUCUAGUUUCUACAAAAUAUGGUAAAAAGCAGAGUCUUUGGUUUUGAAUUGUGAGGUAAUGUUAUGCUGAAUUCUAGACCCUUGCCAUUUGCCGGCAUUGGAAUUGUGUUUCCCUGUUUACACUUGGGCUAGUUUGUA